UACCGACUGCUGCUGUUUGCUGAUAAAACUCAAACAUAACCUUAAAAUUAUGCGUUAUUGAUACUUGAAGUGAUGAAUACUGACUAGUAAUAGCGAUAAUAAAUGAAUUAUUGGACAGUGUACAUUGAAGGAUUUGUUACAGUGUUGUCUUUUUCUGUGAACAAUAGUUACAUUUGGUUUUGUUAAUUUUAAUGAGUGAUAAGUUAUAAUAAUUAUGCAUAUCAUGUAUCUACAUUACGUGUUCUUUAGUUUAGUGUUAUUAUCCUACUUCGAUUUAGGAUCCAGUUUGUAUGAAGAUCAAAUUGGAAAAUUUGACUGGAAAAUUAAUCAGUUAGGAAAGCUCAAGUUCUCAAGCAUCGAUUUAAAAUCUCCAACAAAGAAAGUUUUUGUAGCGACAGAAGAAAAUGUAAUCGCAGGUCUAUCUACUAAAACCGGUGAGAUAUUAUGGCGACAAAUUCUAGAGAAAAACAGUCACGGAACUGUCCAGCUGAUGCAUGUGGACGUAGAGAUGGUCACAGUGACUGGCUCUGGACCUUACACGGUGCGAGGGUGGAACAUCAAUUUGGGCAACAUGCUGUACGAGUGGAGUAUCACGACAGUGAGAUGGCGGAAUGUGAAGUGGGCUGUACACCAGGGUAAGCUGUACAUGGUCAACAUAGGAGCACAAGAAGCAGAGGUCUCUGUGUACAACGUCAGGGUAGGGGGUCAGCCAGUCACUCACUCCCUGCGUCUGCCACACACUCCUGACAAACACAAUGUGGUGGUGGCAGGUCUGAAUCUGGUGUACAUUGAUGCAUCGAAAGAGCUGCUGAUCAGUGUUCCAUUGGUAGGAAACUCACCAUCGUCAAACGUGCGUCUGCCCAGUCCUGGAAUAUCGCUCACUGCCGUCACUGGUGUUUCCGAUCAGCUGUUCGUGAGAGUCAACCAUCAUCUGGUGGCCAUCUCUGCAGACCAAUUGAAGCUUUUAGACUUUGAGGUUCCAGCCGACAGUAACAUCGCAGUUCACACUCACACCGCCGAGCAGAACCUCAUCAUCAUCGUUCAGCCUUCAGAAAAGGAACUGACGGUGAGUGGGCGGAUACUCGAGACAGGUGCCACAGUGCCGGAGUUGAGUGGCCAACUGUCCCACGUUUUCCCGCUAGCUGCUUGUGAAGUGAGCAGUGUUGUAUGUCUGACACGUAGAGACAAAACUGUAACCUGCCAGCUUCUGCUGUCUGCUCUCGAUCACUCCAUGGUCUUUGCCCAAGUGCCAGGCAAUGUAAUGUGGGUACGAGAAGAAGCCCUCACCUCCAUCGUGAACUUGGAGCUGAUUGAUCUGCCAGUGUCUGAUGUUGAGGCUGCCAUUGAAAAGGAGUUCAAUAUAAAAGAAGUUGGAGAUUUGGGUGUUUCUGGUAAGUGUGGAGUUUGUAAAUGUCUUGUUUCGUUUGGUUUUUCAUUUGAUAUGCAAUCAACUCCAGAUUUGUCCAGGGUAAUUAAAGAGAUGAUUUACUAGAUUUAUAUUUAAUAUGU